AUGGUUACAAUGAAAAUCAUUUUGUUACUACAGAUACUUUUUGUUGUGACGCACGGUGCAAAGCCACCUAUCGUAUCGAAAAAGUCCAAGCUUUGCGGAGACGAGCAAUGCGAUGAAGUGCUUUUCAAAGCGAAAGUGAAAAGAGUUAUGGGCUCCAAUCAUGAGGCCUUUUUGGCGCUGACUGAAGGUGCUACCAUCGAUGUAACGGCUGUGAAAUUUAGUGAUAGAACCGAUCUGAUGGAAGGAGUGCUCGCUGAUGGAAGAAAGGGAAACUUUUACAUUGGUGCGAUUGAUACCGGUCCUUAUGUAGAGUUUCUGCGGAAUGCGAUAGCGGUGAGGAAGGAGAUGAAGGAAAUCAGCCAAGACCGCGUUGAUGUCGGCUCCAAAAAAGUCCUAGGUACUGUCCGUGCUGAUCUGCAACUGGUUCGUGAUUACAACGUCCAAGCCCGUUUAUACGCACAGGAGCAAAACCUUCCCGCUCCUGAUCCUCUUCCUCUCCCUGUUCUUGAUAUCGAAAAUAGUCAUGGACAUAGUCACAGCCAUGGGCACAGUCACGAUCAUGGUCACAGUCACGAUCACGGCCAUAGUCACGAUCAUGGUCACAGUCAUGAUGUUCAUACUCAUGAAGGGCAUGCCCAUGACAGUGGCGCCAAGCCUGACGUUUUACCUGAAGGAAAUAAGCAGGGAACUCCUCCGAAGCUUUCUCAAGGAGAUAAUGCUGAUCGGGUUACCUCUGAAAGUGUCCUCCUUGGUUCGGUGGAGCAGGUCGGAGCGAUGCAUGCCAAGGAUGCUGCACCUCUACAACAAGAAACUGCAGUUCCUGCAGGACAGAAAGAACAGCUCAACAUCCCGCCUCCUCCUGCGACUCCACCGCUUGAACCAGUUCCACAAGAUCCAGUUGUGGAGAAGAGGAAUACCCACACACCAUCCUCUGAGCAAAACGAGGAGAAAGCAACACCAACUCCAACCCCGGUCCCAACACCAGCACAAAUUGUUGAUCCGCCUACACCGUCAUCGGCACAAACGUCUCCAAUGCCAUCCCCUGCAGAGGCUACUACACCGACUCCAAUUGUUCCCCAUGAGGAACUUAAGACCACUGCUGGCAACACUAUAAGCAAUGCGGAUACUCCUCCCAUCGUUUCCAGUGAGGAAGCAAAGAUCGUAACGAGCACUCCCAUUGCCAACACUGAAGCCCCCAACGUCCCUCCUGCUGAACCAAAAAGCAGUAUCCCUAUUACUAACAUUGAGGUUACCAAUGUUUCUACUGAGGAAGGAAUUUCUCCUCCUAUCAGCGGCGUCGAGGCCCCCAACGUUUCAAAGGAUGAACCAAAAUUCACAACCACCAUUCCUAUCAGCAACAUGGAGGUUCCGACAUCAGAGGACAAGAUUAUAUCAUCGUUGAACACUGAAGCGGUACCUGUACAGACGGUAGCAAGAGACGUGGACACAAUCCCAAUUCCGGUUUCAAACGUGGUUGCUUCCGAUGAAGCAUCCACUACGCCAGCAGCUCCUUUAGAAUCGCAGGUUAUCCACUCUUAUGUGGCUUUUCAUUUUUUCGAAUUUAAUCACGUAUUCAAAGAGGCGAAACAUAUUAUGCUUUCUGAGGUACCUCAGGCUGCUCACGACCUUGCGACAAAUUGCAAAUUUAUGGAGGAGCAGCUCAAAGCGAAAGAUAUAGAAAUUAACAGGCUUCUUUCUACCGCUAGUCGUGCUCAAGGCAAAGAUGAUGGUGCAAUUGCGCUUCGCGAGGAAUUGUGUUGGAAAGAGUCCGAAAUUCAGAAACUUCUCAGAUCCAAUGAAAGUUUGAAAGUGGAAGUGGAUCGAGCCGAAAAGUUGUUGGAAUCAACUGAGGCUGAGCUAGCUGUUCAACGCAAUGAAAAGAAUGAGGCAGAAAGGAUUGCUGCUGAUUGCAAACAUCUCUUGGCAGAAUCGGAGAAAGCUCAUUCGCGCACGACUGAUGAACUGUUGUCCACACAGAAGAACCUAAAGAUGCUCGAGAAGGAUCUUGAAGAUGAACGCCGCAGUGAGAAGGAAACAUCUGCUGAUCUGAAGAAAGCAAAUGAGGAUUUGGAAAAACUUAAGAAGGAAUAUGAUGCUGUCAAUGACGAAAUUGAGAAACUAAAGGUGGAAAAGAGCAACCUUGAGUUGGAGAAUGUGACUUUGUCCGGAAUGAUCGAAGAAAUGGAUAAGAACAGGAAGGACGGUAGCGCUGGAGAAUCUGGUGGUUCUGGAGGUUGGUCGGACUUUGGUGACGACUUUGGAGAGGCGGAAAAUGAAAAGGAAAAGACACCUGCUUCUUCAACCGUAACAGUUCCCGUGGCUGUAGUUGGUUCUGAUGUACGUGAAGCGGCUAAACUUCGUGCACAGCUGAAAAAGUCUCAGCAGGAGUUGGAAAUUAUUCGAGCUGCUCUUGAUGCCGAGAAAGAAGAACGCCGUCUUAUUGAAUCUAAUCUGAAAACACUCAAAAUUGAGGCGGAAAAGAAGGCUAAGGAGGCGAAAGAUCGUGAUCGUGAGCGUAGUCGUGCUGAUGAACGUUGCAACGAGCUCCUUGCAAUCAUGAAGGACAACAAUUCGAAAAUUAAGGACGCUGAAGCGCUGCGUGACAAGCUUCAAGAGAAGAUCGCAAAACAGCAAGCUGAACUUGCCUCUGUUAGCGAAGAAAAACGAGGGAAAGACGAAAAAAUACAAGAGCUCGAGGUGGAGUUGAAACGAGUCCGUAAUGAGCAUUUGAAGUUGGAGACCAAAAGAUUCAAUGAGGUGCUGGAUUUGAAGCAUCGUCUGGAUGCAUUGCAGACAAAUCACCCAUUCACCCAAACAGUUUCGGGUUAUGACCUGUUGAAUCAGUCUGCUAGCUCAAGCGAACGUGACAAUAUACUGCCUCACGCUUUAUUGUGGGAAGAAGCCCCACGCACUUUAAGUCGAAAUUGAAGACGACUUCUUGCUGGAAACUAUGCCCUUUGCAAGGACAAGUUCGACUCGAGGAGUCCUCUCAUCGCCGUGUGCGCUCCCGAAGCCAUGGUAGGCAGGCGUGGAACGGAGUACAAACUAAACGCCAACUUACUCAACCGUCGACACAGUAGGAGCAACCAUAUCUACUACUCAUCUGGUGGAUCAAACGAAGGACGUAGCCCACCUCCGGAAAUACCUCUUCUAAGUGCUGUGCCACCCCCCGGAGUGAAGAAGCCAAUGGGAAAACGCGUAGUCGGUAUGCCAUCGCUUUCAAAGUUGUUGUAA